AUGGUGGGGUUGGACACGAACAUCAAUUUUUGGAAUCAACCUUGGAUACCAUGGUUGGACUAUGCAGAGUUUAAAGGAACUAUGGAGCAGUUGAGGCACCAAAAUCCUAUACUCAAAGGAAUUAAGGACAUCUUCAACGUGGAAGAAAGAAGAUGGAAUAGUGAAGUUAUAACAAGGCUGUUUGAGGAAGAAUUGGGAAGGAGAAUAUGCGACAUCCAAUUGCUACCGGAAGGGCAUAAGGAUAAGGUGGUGUGGAAGCCAAAUAACUCAGGCAACUUCUCAAUGAAGUCGGCUUAUUACCUAGACCAAUGUUACAAGUUUAAUGAUGUCAAUUCAGUUUGGAAAUGGCUUUGGGGCCCAGGAAUUCACCCAAGGCUUAGCAUGGUCCUAUGGAGGACGAUUUUUGAGGCACUUCCAACAAAGGACAAGAUGAGAUUCUUGAGGGAGCAACAAUGUGAUUUAUGUAGUCAUGAGCAGGAAACAACUAUGCAUAUUUUCAAGAACUGUCCAUUUGCAAGAGCAAUAUGGUUUAGUGGACCUUUUGCAAUUCGAAGCGAUAUGAUUCCGAGUAAUAACUUCAAAUAUUUUGUCAUAACCUUGCUGGAGAAUCAUUGCAGGCAGUUGAGAAAAGAAAUUGCUUCUUAUAUAGCCUGCUAUGUUGAGGUAAUUUGGAGAGUGAAGAAUGAAGCUUGGAGUGGUGUCACAACACCAACUCUAUCUAGGGCAAUAUGGCAUGUCCAUCAAAGAUUUGGGGAAUGUAAAAAUUCAGCAACAACAAUCAACGCAAACCUAAUUUGGAACAGGGGAAAAACAACACAAAUGGCAGACAUAACUCUUUGGGUUGAUGUAAUGUCCCAAAUUACCUAA